CCCCCUUUGUGUGUUUGUGAAGAUGUUAGCUAAGCGCUGCCUGUAAGGGUUGGGGGAGAGAGAAGAGGGGGACGGAGCAGCGUGUUUUGGGUCGUUGACGGCUCAUUUUUGAAAUUUCGAUCACCGCCGAUUUAGUUGGGCUUAAUGAAUGAACGCUGACACACAAACAGACUGAUUCGUGGUAAUUCUCGCACCGCCAGAGGAGAGCCAGAGAGGGGAGAGAGAGAGCACACCUCGAGCCGGGACUACACGCACACUACUCACCCACCACCACCACCCCUCCCUUCCUGGACACCCCCGGUCCAUUCUCUACCAGUCCCACGUCAUUUUCCCUCCUCCCUCGCCGACCGAGGAGCAAGGUUUAGGAGGGAUUAAUUCGACCAGCAAGAAAUAAAAUUACAACGGGAAAAUGUCGUGCAGCGAGGAUGAGAGGGACGACUUUGGAACCACGGACGAGCACUCACUAAUUCACGAUGAGGACGAGCCGGAGGAUGCUGUGUCUGACGUAGAUGAGGUACCCAAGUCCAAGAAGAAGAAGAAAGCCAAGAAGAGCAGCCGAGAGAGCCGCAGCAGCAAGAGGCAGAGACCCAUCCGAGAGGAGUUGCCAGUCAGCUCCCCAGAGCACCUGCUUGGAGUGGAGGCAGCAGAGAGGGAUGCUGAUGAGGGAGGUAUGCGGUCAGAGAGUGAAGGAAGUGAUUAUGCACCAGGGAGGAAAAAGAAGAAACGGUCCAGCUCCGCCAAAGACAAGAAGAAGGGAGGUGCGGCAGCAGAGAAGGGUGGCUCGUCCAGCUCGAAGAGCAAACGUAAAGACCCAGAGCCAGAAGAUGAUGAGGACGAUGACGAUGAUUGCCAGCCGAAAAGCUCUACCCAGCUGCUGGAAGCCUGGGGCAUGAAAGACAUAGACCACGUCUUUACUCAGGAAGACUACAGCUCCCUCACCAACUACAAGGCCUUCAGUCAGUUUGUCAGGCCAUUAAUUGCAGCUAAGAACCCCAAAAUUGCUGUGUCCAAGAUGAUGACUUUAAUGAUGGCUAAGUGGCGUGAAUUCAGCACGAACAACCCUCUGAAGGGUUGUGCCACUGCUAAUGCAGCCCUGGCAGCUGCCAAUGUGGCAGCAGCUGUGGAGAACAUGGUGGUAGCAGGGACAGAGAGUGGGGCAGAGACCGGUCCUGCUGCAUUGCCCGCACCAUCUUCAACUCCUGCCGCUGCUUCAGCACCUACUGCACCCCCAGCACCCCCAGCACCUCCACUCCGUAAGGCCAAGACCAAAGAGGGCAAAGGUCCCAAUGCACGUAGGAGGUCAAAGCCUACAUCUAAGCCUCCACCGAAACCAAAACCUAAGAAGGUGGCUCCACUCAAGAUCAAACUUGGAGGCCUCAACAGCAAGAGGAAGCGCUCCUCUAGCGAUGAAGAUGAACCUGAUGUUGACAGUGACUUUGAUGAUGGGAGCUUCUCAGUGUCAGAUGGCUCCAUCCGCAGCAGUCGUCCUAAGAAGAAACCCAAAAGUGCAAAGAAAAAGAAGAAAGUGGAGACAGAAGAUGGUGACGGCUAUGAGACAGACCACCAGGAUUACUGUGAGGUGUGCCAGCAGGGAGGAGAGAUCAUUUUGUGUGACACCUGUCCUAGAGCUUAUCACAUGGUCUGUCUGGACCCUGACAUGGAGAAGGCACCUGAGGGCAAGUGGAGCUGCCCGCACUGUGAGAAGGAGGGAAUCCAGUGGGAAGCCAGGGAUGAUCUGUCCGAGGCUGAAGGUGAGGACGAUGACGACAGGAGGGAUGAAGGGAUGGAGGAGGAAGACGACCACCACAUUGAGUUUUGCCGUGUGUGUAAGGACGGAGGAGAGCUGCUUUGCUGUGACACCUGCCCCUCCUCCUACCACAUCCACUGCCUCAACCCUCCUCUCCCCGAGAUCCCCAAUGGAGAGUGGAUCUGCCCCCGCUGUAAGUGUCCACCGAUGAAGGGCAAAGUUCAGAAGGUUUUAACGUGGCGCUGGGGAGAAGCACCGUCCCCCACCCCUGUCCCCCGGCCCGCAGAGCUGCCUGCUGAUGCUCCUGACCCCCCACCUCUGGCUGGCCGCAGAGAGAGGGAGUUCUUUGUCAAGUGGUGCAACAUGUCUUACUGGCACUGCUCCUGGGUGCUGGAGCUACAGUUGGAGCUGAACUGCCAAGUGAUGUUCCGCAACUACCAAAGGAAGACUGACAUGGACGAACCGCCGCCUGCUGACUUUGGAGGCGAGGGCGACGAUGACAAGAGCACCAAGAGGAAGAACAAGGAUCCCCUCUUUGUCCACAUGGAGGAGGAGUUUUGCCGCUAUGGAGUUAAGAUGGAGUGGCUGAUGAUCCACCGCGUUCUUAACCACAGUGUUGAUAAAAAGAACAAUGUACAUUACCUGAUCAAAUGGAGAGAUCUGCCAUAUGACCAGUCCACCUGGGAGAGUGAAGAUAUGGACAUUCCUGAGUACGACACCUACAAACAGACUUACUGGAAUCACAGAGAGUUGAUGAUGGGCGAGGAAGGCAGGCCCGGCAAGAAGCUGAAAAAGACAGUCAAAGUGAAGAAGGCAGAGCGCCCGCCUGCUAAUCCAGUUGUAGAUCCCACCAUCAAGUUUGAUCGUCAGCCUGACUACCUGGACAGCACAGGAGGAACUCUCCAUCCUUACCAGCUGGAAGGUUUGAACUGGUUAAGGUUUUCUUGGGCUCAGGCCACUGACACAAUCCUGGCUGACGAGAUGGGUUUAGGCAAGACAGUUCAGACAGCUGUCUUCCUCUACUCAUUGUAUAAAGAGGGUCACUCCAAAGGUCCAUUCCUUGUCAGCGCUCCGCUGUCCACCAUCAUUAACUGGGAGAGAGAGUUUGAGAUGUGGGCUCCUGACAUGUAUGUGGUCACCUACAUAGGGGACAAAGACAGCAGGGCUGUUAUCAGAGAGAACGAGUUCUCCUUUGAGGGAAAUGCCAUCAGAGGAGGAAAAAAGGCUUCCAAAAUGAAGAAAGACUCACCCGUCAAGUUCCACGUUCUGCUGACAUCCUAUGAAUUGAUCACCAUUGACCAGGCUGUGCUGGGCUCCAUUGAAUGGGCCUGUCUGGUUGUAGAUGAGGCCCACAGACUGAAGAACAACCAGUCAAAGUUCUUCAGAGUGUUGAACAACUACCCACUGCAACACAAGCUGCUGCUGACAGGCACUCCCCUUCAGAACAACCUGGAGGAGCUCUUCCACUUGCUAAACUUCCUAACCCCAGAGAGAUUCAACAACCUGGAAGGGUUUCUGGAAGAGUUUGCAGAUAUUGCCAAAGAGGACCAGAUCAAGAAGCUGCAUGACAUGCUGGGACCACACAUGCUCAGGAGGCUGAAGGCUGAUGUAUUUAAACACAUGCCUUCAAAGACUGAGCUCAUUGUUCGAGUGGAGCUGAGCUCCAUGCAAAAGAAAUACUACAAGUUCAUUUUAACACGUAACUUUGAGGCCCUGAACACUCGCGGAGGAGGCAACCAAGUGUCUCUGCUCAAUGUUGUGAUGGACCUCAAAAAGUGCUGUAACCACCCCUACCUCUUUCCAGCAGCUGCCAAUGAAGCACCAAAACUUCCAAAUGGCAUGUAUGAAGGCACUUCCCUGACCAAGGCUUCAGGGAAGCUGAUGCUGCUCCAGAAGAUGAUGAGAAGGCUGAAAGAAGGAGGCCACAGGGUUUUGGUUUUCUCCCAGAUGACCAAAAUGCUCGACCUGCUGGAGGACUUUCUGGAGAACGAGGGUUACAAAUAUGAGAGGAUUGAUGGAGGAGUCACUGGCAACUUGAGACAGGAGGCCAUUGAUCGCUUUAAUGCUCCUGGCGCUCAGCAGUUUGCGUUCCUCCUCUCUACCAGAGCUGGUGGUUUGGGCAUUAACCUUGCUUCUGCUGAUACUGUUAUUAUCUAUGACUCCGAUUGGAAUCCCCACAAUGACAUCCAGGCCUUCAGCAGAGCUCAUCGUAUUGGCCAGAACAGGAAAGUGAUGAUUUAUCGCUUUGUUACCAAAGCGUCAGUGGAGGAGAGGAUCACACAGGUGGCAAAGAAGAAGAUGAUGCUCACCCACCUGGUGGUGCGACCUGGCCUUGGGUCAAAGAUGGGCUCCAUGUCCAAGCAGGAACUUGAUGACAUUCUCAAGUUUGGAACGGAAGAACUGUUUAAGGAUGAAGUCGGAGAUGGGGACAACAAAGAGGAUGACAGCAGUGUUAUCCACUACGAUGACCAGGCAAUUGACCGUUUGCUUGACAGGAACCAGGAUGCCACAGAUGACACUGAGCUUCAGAGCAUGAACGAAUACCUCAGCUCCUUCAAAGUGGCCCAGUAUGUUGUCAAAGAUGAAGAUGAUGAGGAGGAGGAAGUGGAAAGGGAGGUGAUCAAGCAGGAGGAAAGUGUUGAUCCAGACUACUGGGAAAAGCUGCUUCGGCACCACUAUGAGCAGCAGCAGGAGGACCUUGCCCGCAAUUUGGGCAAAGGCAAAAGAACUCGAAAGCCAGUCAACUACAAUGAUGGCUCCCAGGAGGACCGAGGUAUAAGACAGGAUUGGCAGGAGGACCAGUCGGAUAACCAGUCUGAUUACUCAGUGGCCUCAGAGGAGGGUGAUGAAGACUUUGAUGAACGUGCUGAAGCCAAUGCCCGCAGACCAAACCGCAAAGGGUUGAGAAACGACAGGGACAAACCUCUACCUCCACUGUUGGCCAGGGUCGGGGGGAACAUCGAGGUACUUGGCUUCAAUGCACGGCAGAGGAAGGCUUUCUUAAAUGCAGUGAUGCGUUAUGGGAUGCCUCCCCAGGAUGCCUUCACUAACCAGUGGCUGGUCAGAGACCUACGAGGAAAGUCAGAGAAAGAAUUCAAGGCCUAUGUGUCCCUGUUCAUGCGUCACCUUUGUGAGCCGGGGGCUGACGGAGCUGAGACGUUUGCCGAUGGCGUCCCCCGGGAGGGUCUGUCAAGACAGCAUGUGCUCACUCGCAUCGGUGUGAUGUCACUCAUCAGGAAAAAGGUGCAGGAGUUUGAACAUGUGAAUGGUCAGUGGUCAAUGCCCUGGAUGGCAGAGCUGGAGGAGAACAAAAGAGCUGCAGCUUUGGCUGCAGGAGAAGACCCAAAGACUCCUUCCACCGGGACCCCUGCAGACACACAGCCCAACACUCCUGUUCCAGAAGAUUUAUCUAAAUCAGAGGACAAGGAUGAUAUGAAGAAGGAGGGAGAGGAUGGCAAAGCAGCUAAGAAGGCAGAUGAUCCAGAGAUUAUUGAAAUCCCAGAUGAGAAUGAAAAAUCCCCUGUUGUUGAAAAGAAAGAAGAAACAGACUCUGCUGCAGAGAAGGAGGACAAGGAGAAGGAGACCAUUGGAGACCAAGUGAAGGAGAAAGAAGCUGACGACACGAGCAAAGAGAAAGAAGAGAAGUUUUCAGCAGCAGUGGAGAAGGACAUUUCUGCCAACAUCAAGGGUGAAGGUUCAGAGAGCAAGAUGGAUUCAGAGGAGGGCAGACCUAGAGCUGAUGAAGGCAAAGAGGAGAAAAUGGACACUGGUGCAACUGCAGAGGAGAAAAAAGAACAAAAAGAGGAGAAGGACAGUGUGAAAGCAGACGAAUCUAGCAAACUGCAGAAUGGAGAGAACACUAAAGAUGGAGGAACAGCUGCACCUGUGGUUAAUGUCAGUGAAGAGAAAAAGAAAGCCACCAAGCAGAGGUUCAUGUUCAACAUUGCUGAUGGCGGAUUCACAGAGCUUCACUCUCUGUGGCAGAAUGAGGAGAGGGCAGCCACCGUCACCAAGAAAACCUUUGAGAUUUGGCACCGCCGCCAUGACUACUGGCUGCUCGCUGGCAUCAUACAACACGGCUACGCUCGAUGGCAGGAUGUACAGAAUGAUGUGAGGUUUGCCAUCCUCAAUGAGCCCUUCAAAGGGGAGAUGAGCAGAGGCAACUUCCUGGAGAUCAAGAACAAGUUUCUGGCCCGCAGGUUCAAGUUACUCGAGCAGGCGCUCGUGAUCGAGGAGCAGCUGCGCAGGGCAGCCUACCUGAACAUGACAGAGGACCCGGCUCAUCCCUCUAUGGCCCUCAACACACGUUUCAGUGAGGUGGAAUGUCUCGCCGAGUCCCACCAGCACCUCAGCAAGGAGUCCAUGUCUGGAAACAAGCCUGCCAAUGCAGUGCUGCAUAAAGUUCUCAAACAGCUUGAGGAACUGCUGAGCGACAUGAAGGCUGACGUCACCCGCCUCCCGGCUACCAUCGCCAGGAUACCCCCUGUGGCAGUGCGGCUACAAAUGUCAGAGAGGAAUAUCCUCAGCCGAUUGGCCAGCCGGGGCCCCGAGGUCACUGCUCAGAACCAGUCACAGACCGCACAGCAGAUGCAGGUGCCACGCUGACCAAUCCUCUCUCACAUUUCUCACUACCCAACCGAGGCCAGUUGUACUCACCUCACCGCCAUGUAGCAGACUUCCUCCCCCUCAGCAACCAUGUACAGCACAGUCAGGUUAGUUCUCCUUCCUCUGCACCCACAACCCAUCUCUGGACUCAGAAGAGCCUGUGCUCCUGGACUUUAUUUUGAAAAGACUGGGUCUGUAGAUGUUGGAUGGGAGCGAAUGGAAGAAUCAGUUCUCUUUCUUUGCGGCAGACUAGAUACAGAAGUCUUUCUCCUCCACUGGGAAUCGAAUUGAACCCCACUGUCCAGAACACUGAACUGCGGGCAUCUCCUCUGACCUGUCCUUACAGCAGGAUCUAACAUGUGUGUGUAACUAUAUGUAUAAUGAAGCAGAAGAGGCUAGACUGGAAGGGAAGCAGCAUGUUUGGAGUAUACUGGUGCUUUGUAGUAACUUUUGGAUUAUUCCAGACUUCAAAGGAUUUUAUUGUGCUUGUUUUCACCUUUAGGAGAUUGUGAAAUUAUGUUUUUGGGUUUUUUUUUUUUUUAGAAGUCAUUUAACUCUAAUGUCCUCAUUUGUAUGUGUGUGUGUGGAGAGUGAUGAUGUGUGUGUGUGUGUGUGUUUCCUGUAUGUAUGUAUUAAACCGGGCAUAUUGACGUGCAUCUCUACUGCAGAAUGCCCCGACACUGAGAGGCUGUUACUGUCACUUUUGUAUCAGUCAGUCACAUUUGUUACCUCUUUUCUCAUCCUUCCCAAUCUCCCACCUGCUCCGUCAGGUGACCCAAUCGGGGAAUCAACUCUUUGUGUUCACAAACCCAACCAGCACCUUGACAUUCCUAGCUGCUCCACAGAUUUGCUCCAUGGGAAGUCUCCUGUAAUACAAACUUGCAAUAGCUCCCCAGCUUUUAGGUACAUGGGUUGACUCUGAGGAUGGUGGCAAUCUUAAGUUAAUUUAAUUUCUUACUGUCUAUUAUGUUGUUUUGCAUUGUUGAAUAUUAUUAUGGUUACCACCUUGUUGUUUUUAUCAUUGCUGUUUGUUUUUAUGGACUACAAUAAAAAAAAUCAACAGUU